UCGCGGUGGCCAUUUUACUUUUAGGUCUUUUUUCACAGACUCCCAGGCUUCAGGGCGCUGGUCGUGAGGAGGAGGAGGCCUGGGAGGCAGCGCGCCUGCUGUGCGGGGUGUGUCUGAGGCUCCUUGAGCCCAACAGCCCGAGAUGGGCGUCCCUGUGCCUCCCGGACUCCUCUCUGCGCACAGCGUCCCCGCAGCCUGACCCCAUUUCACCCUCCACCCUUGGGAACCGGCCUCUCAGGUCCCGCCGCUCAGGUCCCAGCGCUCAGAAUGAGGAAGAACAGACUAGAAGACAGAGGACAGCAGCUGUGGACAGGAAGGGGAAGUCCUGUAAAUGAUAAGGAUAUGAACUUUGAGGACGUUGCCAUUGUCUUCUCUCAGGAGGAGUGGGAGCUCCUUGAUGAGGCUCAGGGACUUCUCUACUGUGAUGUGAUGCUGGAAGUGUUUGCACUUGUGUCAUCUGUAGGUUGUUGGCAUAAAAUCUACGGUGAUGAGGCCUGUUCUGAUCAGAGUGUAGGAGAGUCACAGGUCAGAGCUUCUAAGACAGCUCCAGCCACCCAGAAGAUCCCUCUGUGUAAAUGGUGUUUCUUUGUGUUAAAAGGUAUUUUGGACCUGACUGGGUUACAUGCAGCAGACUUUGAGCAGAAAGCCUUUUGUAGUGACACAUGUGUUGGAGACUCCUGUUCCUGUGCAAACCCUCACCAGCAACAGAGGAAUGAAUGUGGUCAGGGGCUCUGGAAACAAGCUAUGGAGAAGGCCUCCUUUGUGAGUAGGUCCAACUUCUUAUCGUUGGUGCCUUCCACCAGCAGGGACUUUGGGGAAGACUUGCAGUACAACUCAGAGCUUCUCUGGCACCAGGCCACUCUCAACACUGAGGAGCUACACUGUGACAGUGAGGUUUCAAAGCAAUUUCUUGAUGGAAAUAGUCUUCACCAGUGGGGUGAAUGUGAAAACGCUGCCAAACACAACCUGAAAGUUGUUCAGCAUCAGGGUGUGUGUUCUGGAGAACUGGUUUAUGAGUGUAACAAAUGUAGGAAAGUGUUUAGACAACACUUAAACGUCAUUCAAAAUAAGAAAGUCCACACUGGAGAAAAGCAGUAUGAGUGUAGUGAAUGCAGGAAGUUUUUCAGAGAAAGACCUGCACUCAUUAAACACCUGAGAGUUCACACUGGAGAGAAGCCAUCUGAGUAUAGACAUUAUGAGCAAUCCUUCAGUAAUAAGUCUGCCCUCAAACUACACAACAGAGUUCACACAGAAGAAAAGCCAUAUAAAUGCAGAGAAUGUGGAAUAUCUUUUCAUCAGUGGACUCACCUCAAUCUACAUCUUAGAAUUCACACUGGAGAGAACAUGUAUGAGUGUACUGAAUGUGGGAAAACUUUUACUUUAAAAUCUCGUUUUAUUAAACAUAUGGGAGUUCACACUGGAGAGAAGCCAUAUAAGUGUACUGAAUGUGGGAAGUCUUUUAGCCGAAAACCUCACCUUAUUAGACCCCUACGAAUUCACACUGGAGAGAAGCCAUAUAAGUGUACUGAAUGUGGGAAGUCUUUUAGCCGAAAAUAUCACCUUAUUAGACACCUACGAGUUCACAGUGGCGACAAGCCAUAUGAAUGCUCUGAUUGUGGAAAGUCCUUCAAUGGUAACUCCACCCUCAAACAACACCAGAGAGUUCACACUGGAGAAAAGCCCUAUAAGUGUACAGAAUGUGGGGUGUCAUUUCGAAAAAGGGCUCACCUCAUUGAACACCAGAGAGUUCACACUGGAGAAAAACCAUAUGAGUGUAGACAAUGUGGGGUGUCCUUUCGUCGAAGGGCUAACCUCACUGUACACCUCAGAGUUCACACUGGAGAAAAGCCAUAUGGAUGUACUGAAUGUGGGAAGUCUUUUAGCCAUAAAUCCAACCUUACAAGGCACCUGAGAGUUCACAGUGGCGACAAGCCAUAUGAGUGCUGUGAGUGUGGGAAGUCCUUAAGUGAUAAUUCUAUCCUCAAACAACACCAGAUUAUUCACACUGGAGAAAAGCGAUAUGAGUGUAGUGAAUGCAGGAAGUUCUUCAGAGAAAGACCUGCACUCAUUAAACACCUGAGAGUUCACACUGGAGAGAAGCCAUCUGAGUAUAGACAUUAUGAGCAAUCCUUCAGUAAUAAGUCUGCCCUCAAACUACACAACAGAGUUCACCCAGAAGAAAAGCCAUAUAAAUGCAGAGAAUGUGGUAUAUCUUUUCAUCAAUGGACUCACCUCAAUCUACAUCUUCGAGUUUACACUGGAGAGAUGUAUGAGUGUACUGAAUGUGGGAAAUCUUUUACUAUAAAAUCUCGUUUUAUUAAACAUCUGGGAGUUCACACUGGAGAGAAGCCAUAUGAGUGUACUGAAUGUGGGAAGUCUUUUAGCCGAAAAUCUCACCUUAUUAGACACCUACGAGUUCACAGUGGCAACAAGCCAUAUGAAUGCUCUGAUUGUGGAAAGUCCUUCAAUGGUAACUCCACCCUCAAACAACACCAGAGAGUUCACACUGGAGAAAAGCCCUAUAAGUAUACAGAAUGUGGGGUGUCAUUUCGUCAAAGGGCUCACCUCAUUGUACACCAGAGAGUUCACACUGGAGAAAAACCAUAUGAGUGUAGACAAUGUGGGGUGUCCUUUCGUCGAAGGGCUGACCUCACUGUACACCUCAGAGUUCACACUGGAGAGAAGCCAUAUGGAUGUACUGAAUGUGGGAAGUCUUUUAGCCAUAAAUCCAACCUUACAAGGCACCUGAGAGUUCACAGUGGCGACAAGCCAUAUGAGUGCUGUGAGUGUGGGAAGUCCUUCAGUGAUAAUUCUAUCCUCAAACAACACCAGGGUGUUCACACUGGAGAAAAGCUGUAUAAGUGUAGGGAAUGUGGGAUGUCCUUCCCUUGAAGGGCUCAGCUCACUAGACAGCACAGAGUUCACACUGGAGAGAAGUAUUAAAUGUUCAGGGAAUUUUUUUUUUCUCACUUAGUAUAACAACACUGAAGGCGAGUCUUUGAGACCUAUUUUUCUGAAUUUAAACCCCUUUUAAUGGAACAUGCACUCUGAUAUAUUUCUCAUCGGUUUCAAGUACAAGUGAGGCUUUAAGGAGCUGCACUAUACUUGCUAACAUGCCCAGACCUACUACCUGAUUGGUGCCACAGUGAGCAUUUGUGGCUGAAGAUAUUUCACCUCUACCACCUGGCUCACCUGAAUAGUGUGCAUCAGUCCCAGCCUCUGUGUGCUCAGGGGAAAUGUAUUCUGUGUUCUCACUUGUGCUUGAGAACAUUAUGAUUACUUCAAGCUCUUGACAGGAUCUUCCUUCCUUUCUGACUAGGGAAUGCAUUUGACUCAGGGUUUGUCCAGACCACCCAUCCUCAGCUAAGCAGUGCUACCACUUUCAGGGACAUUGUGGGUCUCACAUUUUCUUUUAUGAAUUGUUUUACUUUAUAAUUCACAAACCUUCAAAUUGCUUACUGUCCUCUGUUCUGGUUUAUGAUCUUUAGUAAAGAUACGUUUUCUUUCGUAACUUUAUUUUUUUAAUUUCACUGUCUGGAUGAUUUGAUACAAAAGUUGUUAUCUAUUAUCAUGGCAAGAUGAACAAAUAUGGUGGGCUCCCAAACUUUCUGUGCUUUGGAAAGCUAUAAUAAUGUCAGAAAAGUCACUCUUUGUCCAAAAAUGGCUUAUUUUAUACCACUGACCAAGGCAAUGAAAGAAAGUUUGCAUAACUUUGUGGUUGCAAUUUG